AUUUCUAAUUUCCCUAUCUCUUACUGUACAACUGCAACUAUCACCACCGUCAUCCCCAUCAUCAUCAUCACCUCCAGGCAACGAAGCCGAUCCAAUCGCCUCGGUCAGGCACAUUUACUCUCCACCCUCCUAAUCGGAAAACCUCUUCCAUACCGCAGCAAUGGCCCCUACCUCCGCAAUCAACGAGAGCACGAAGCUCGAGAAGCCGCCGAUCAAGUUCAGCAACUUGUUGGUCGGUUCCGCCCUCAACAUGUUCGAGGUCUCCACCCUCGGUCAGCCGCUCGAGGUGAUGAAGACCACCAUGGCCGCGAACCGCGCUGACGGUUUCGCCGGGGCGGUCUCGCGCAUCUGGAGCCGUGGUGGUGUCUUUGGAUUCUACCAAGGUCUCAUCCCCUGGGCCUGGAUCGAAGCCUCCACCAAGGGCGCCGUCCUCAUCUUCGUCGCCUCCGAGACCGAAUACUACGCCAAGAGCGUCGGCGCCAGCAACUUCACCGCCGGCAUCAGCGGUGGUAUGAUGGGCGGUCUCGCCCAGGCCUACGCCACCAUGGGUUUCUGCACCUGCAUGAAGACGGUCGAGAUGACCAAGAGCAAGGCCGCGGCCACCGGCGCCAAGGUCCCGGGCACCAUGGAGACUUUCAUGGCCAUCUACCGCAAGGAGGGUAUCGCCGGUAUCAACAAGGGUGUCAAUGCGGUCGCGGUGCGACAGGUGACCAACUGGGGUUCCCGAUUCGGUCUGAGCCGUGUCGCCGAAAACGGCAUCCGCUCCUUCAACGGCAAAGACGAAUCCGCCAAACUCACCACGCCCGAGAAGAUCCUCGCGUCCGCCCUGGGCGGCGGUCUCUCCGCCUGGAACCAGCCGAUCGAGGUCGUGCGCGUGGAGAUGCAGUCCCGGACCGACGACCCCAACCGGCCCAAGAAGAUGACCGUCGGCAACACCUUCGCGUACAUCUACAAGAACAACGGCCUCAAGGGCCUGUACCGCGGCGUCGCGCCCCGCAUCGGUCUGGGCAUCUGGCAGACCAUCUGCAUGGUCGCCCUCGGCGACGUCGCCAAGGAGGCCGUGCAGAACCUCACCGGCGAGAAGGUCACCGCCAAACACUAGAGAGCCUUUCUGUCGUCUGCACUCCCGAUCCUCCGCGUUUGGAAAGGAGAUGGUAGAGGGAAAGCGGGGAGACGGUCUCUUCUUUUGGGAGGGAAGGGCCUGGCUUACCCAGGGCGAGCCUUUCC